AUGCGCCGGGGGUGUCGGCCACCUCCUUCCACAGCUUCGGCUAGCCGGACACUUGGGCCAAAUACGCCCUCGCGCAGGUUGGCGCCCAACGUGGGGCCUGAGAGUGGACAUCUGGACAUCGGACCACUGACCGGACCCCGCGGAGUGGAACUUACAGUUUCUUUUGGCCGUCAACCUACCUCGGGUGGUAGCAGACCCCGUUUUAGGGGUAGCGCUCCCCGAGGAUUGGAGUCCCAACCCUCAGCACCGCCGGAGGAGGACUCCAGGAACGAAAGCCCCCUCGCCCGAUUUUUGGUUGCCGCUUCGGCGAGAUUGUUCCCCAACGUCUCCCCAGAAGUUGUGAAGCAGCCACGUUUUUGGACAGCCGUUGUGGCCAAAUUAAAUGAAGUAGUGAAGUCUGGGGAGACGAAUUUGGCUAACGUGGCGUACUGGGCGGGUGUUGUGCUUGCCACUCUCCGCCCAUCCCCAGUUGCUAGACCUAAAGUUCGGUUCAUUGAAGAGUUAGAAGAUGGCUCCCAGGGUGCCCAAAAUGGCGCCGGCCACAUGGCCGUUCCCGCCAGGGCCCCUUCUCUUCCCCAGAAUCCCUUUCUUCCAAAUCCCAACCCCUUUCUCCCUCCUGACCCAACCCCUGUAUCGGUUACCCCUCCCUCGUACCCCUCCUUGGUUCCGCCUACCGCUCCUCCUUCGAUCCUGCCCGUAGCUCCGCCCUCGGUCCAGCCUCCUAUUGACCCCGCCUCUGCUCCUCCCUCGUACUCAGCUCCUCCCUCGACUCCUCCCGUUUCUCCGCCUCCUGUGCCGCCUCCGGUACAGCCCUCCACUGACCCAGCCCAGGUUCCUCCCCCUCAGUCGGCUCCUCCUUCGGCUCCUCCCCCGGUUCAGCCCCCCCUCCACCCAGGGGGCGGAGAGGGGUGGUGUGCCGUGCCCACCCCCUCGCCCUGCCUCGCUACCAGGCCCCGCCUCGACCUCUUCCACUUCCGUUUCCCACGCCCCCCCUUCCGGUUCCCACGCUUUGUGUUCCGGGGGGGGGGAGUGGAUGACCAGAGGCCGGAGCCGGUGCCCUUGUUGGAAGCCGCCCCGGUUUCUUACACCCUGACUGGAGAGGGGAGUUCUCUGGCGCAGUGGGUGCCUUUAGCACCGGCCCGGAUCAAGGAACUGUGCAAGGCGCAGAAGGACUACUCCCGGGAGUCUGAAUACUUCCGGGGGUUGCUCCGUAAUGCCCUUGCGCAGGGAGAUCUGGUGCCCGCUGACCUGAGGGCUCUUUUCUCCAGUCUAACAGGCCCUAUGGAGUUUCGCAUAUGGGUGAAGGAGUGGAAGAGGGAGAUUGUGGAGGCUCUCCCAGAUCUUUGGGGGAAUCCCGCCACUUCUCACGAUGCGGAUGGCCUGUUAGUGCAGGAGGAACAGCUGUUGGGCGAGGGGCAGUGGGCAAAUGGGGCAGCCGAGGCUCGGGCUCUCUUUUCUCAACACCUGACGGAAUCGGCUCAGGCUGCGGAGAGAGCCUUUUUCAAAUUGGCAACCGUCACCUCCCAAUGGGAGGAGGAUGAGGUGCGGCAGGGCGCGCAAGAGCCCUACUUAGCCUUCAUCGAACGCCUCUACCGUUUCGUAGAGGCACAGGUGUCCGGGGACCGGGAGAGAGAGUCCAUGUUAAGAAAGAUGGCAUAUUAUAAUGCCAAUGCCGAAUGCCGGAAGGCAAUUCGGACUCUCCCCCGAACUCCCCGGCCCACGGUGGAGGCGAUGAUGGAGGCGGAAACAAAGGGAGAGGGAGAAAAAGUUGGCAAAAAACUAGGCCAAGAGCGCAGCCCCUCCCUGCGCCAAGACAAAAAUGCGGCGGGCAAAAGAUCACAACGCGGGGAGGAAGGAGAUGAGGGAAUGCCACCGCCCAAUUUCACCUUGCCGGACUUGACUCACUUCACGGACUUGACUAAUACCUGUGGUGCAGUUCCUGCGCUUAACACCUUGUCCUCUGCUUCCCCUUACAGGCUGCAGCUAACUAGGGAUUUUUAUAUCCCUAGCAGUAACAUCCAGCUGGUGUCUGUUGACCUCCAACAUCCGGGUCGCUGGAGGAAACUAGGACGUUGCAGGUGGACUGUCAUCGGUGACACUAAGCACACGCCGCGAGACGUGCAUAUCAUCCCCGGUCUGGUCACUACCGACCGGGAUCGUUUCGCGGUAGGGCUGUACUGUGUCCGACCCCCACUUCUCCUUCCCAAGGGACAGGUUAUCGCCCAGGCCAUCCCCGUGCCCGAUCAAGACCACUGGAGCAGCGGCGCGGAGAAGACAUCGCCUCCGUCGGUGGCCUGGGCGCAGCUCGUGGGGAGGGAGAAGCCCCGCCUGACAUGCCAGCUCUCGUUGGGCGGGGAUCGAAAGGUCAUCAGGGGUCUUUUGGACACGGGUGCAGAUGUGACGAUCAUUCCCUCUCGGGAGUGGCCGUCGCAUUGGGACUUGCAAAGUGCAGCGGGCACGAUUUCUGGUGUCGGGGGUUUACAAUUGGCCAAACAAUCGAAGAGCGUUGUCCAAAUUAAGGGGCCCGACGGGCAAUUGGCUUCAGUGCGCCCGUUCGUUUUAGAUUACAGCGAGCCUCUCUGGGGGAGAGAUCUGCUAGCCCAGUGGGGAGCCAGAAUUGACCUGCCAAAGGCUCCCCAGGUUUUUCGGGCAGUGGCCACUGAUGAGCGCCGGACUUGGAAGCUGGAUUGGCUUUCUGAUAGACCAGUACAAGUCCAACAGUGGCCACUUAACAAACAGAAAUUGAAGGCGCUCAACGAGCUCGUGCAGGAGCAGCUACUUAAGGGCAACAUCGAGGAGUCCAUGUCUCCAUGGAACUCCCCUGUUUUUGUCAUCAAGAAGCCCAAUAAAGAUAAGUGGCGGCUCCUGACCGACCUCCGCCAAAUUAACGAUUUAAUUGUCGACAUGGGAUCUCUCCAACCAGGGAUGCCCUCCCCAGCAAUGCUCCCCCAAAAUUGGAAUUUGGCAGUAAUUGACAUAAAAGACUGUUUCUUCCAAAUUCCCCUUCACCCGGACGAUGCUCCGCGCUUUGCUUUCACGGUUCCGUCUAUCAACCGUGAGUCCCCGGCCAAGCGCUAUCAUUGGCGGGUAUUACCGCAGGGCAUGAAGAACAGCCCUGUGAUCUGCCAAUGGUACGUCGCUUCGCUGCUGUCACCUUUACGUACAGCCCUCGGGGAUGCCGUCAUCAUUUAUCACUAUAUGGACGACAUCCUCGUGUGUGCGGCCGACCACAGUCUACUUGCCCAUGCGCUUGACCUGACAACCAAUGCGUUGGUUGCUGCAGGGUUUGAGCUCCAGCAGGAUAAGAUUCAGCGGAUGCCACCUUGGAAGUACCUGGGCCUCCAAAUCACAAAGCGGACCAUUGUUCCGCAAAAAUUGGCUAUUCGGACGAGAGUCCAGACCCUAGCAGAUGUCCAUCAACUGUGUGGGUCUUUAAAUUGGGUGAGACCCUGGCUGGGCAUUCCCACCGAAGACCUAGCCCCCCUUUUCAAUUUGUUGAAAGGGGGAGAGGGGCUUAGUUCCCCUAGGACUCUCACCUGGGACCAAGACCUGAAGGACCAGGGUCUGGGUGACCCCCUCUUAAUCAUAGAGUGGGUGUUCCUCAGCCACCACAGGUCCAAAAGGAUGACACGGCCACAAGAGUUGGUAGCCGAACUGAUCCUCAAGGCAAGAUCGAGGAUCAGGGAGUUGGCAGGAUGUGACUUCGCAUGCAUUCACAUUCCAAUUAAAUUGGAAGCGGGCCAAUUAAAAUUAAAGACCUUUGAAGAACUGUUGCAGACUAAUGAAUAUCUACAGUUUGCGUUGGACAGCUACACUGGGCGCGUCGCAGUUGAUCGGCCGGCCCACAAAUUAUUUAAUUCGGAAUUCAAAUUAUCUCUAACUAAGGUCCAAAGUAGGGAACCACUGGAUGCCGUGACUGUAUUUACUGACGCGUCUGGAGCAUCCCACAAGUCGGUUAUGACUUGGAGGGAUCCUCAGACUCAGCAGUGGGAGACCGAUGUUGUUACUGUGGAGGGCUCUCCACAGGUUGCUGAGCUAGAUGCAGUCGUCAGGGCCUUCCAGAGGUUUCCUGGACCUUUCAAUCUGGUUACAGAUUCUGCGUACGUCGCAGGUGUAGUGUCUCGAGCAGAACAUGCAGUUCUUCAAGAGGUCACGAACAAGAGAUUGUUCGAAUUAUUAAACAGGCUCGUCGAGUUGGUCUCCCACCGCGAGCACCCAUUUUAUGUGAUGCAUGUGAGGUCACACACGGAUCUGCCCGGGUUCAUCGCGGAGGGCAACCGCCGUGCCGAUUCUUUGGCCGCGGCUGCCGUUACGCAGGGCCCGCUCCCAGAUGUGUUCGGCCAGGCUAAGAUCAGCCACCAGCUCUUUCACCAAAAUGCGCCCGGCCUGGUUCGGCAAUUCAAUCUGACGCAGGACCAGGCCAAGGCGAUUGUGGCCACAUGUCCCCAAUGCCAGCAACAUCAGAUGCCCACCGUGGUCUCGGGAGCUAAUCCCCGAGGCCUGGCGAGCUGCGAGGUGUGGCAGACGGACGUAACACAUGUUCCAUCUUUUGGCCGGCUGUGUUACGUCCACGUCUCGGUAGACACCUUCUCCGGUGCCAUCUACGCUUCUGCCCACACAGGAGAAAAGGCAGCGGAUGUUCAGAAGCAUCUGCUUCAGGCAUUCGCUGUCUUGGGCAUCCCUAGGGCCCUAAAAACUGAUAAUGGCCCUGCGUAUGUUUCCAAGGAGCUGCGGAGUUUCCUGCAGCAAUGGGGAAUAGUCCAUAAGACCGGCAUCCCCUAUUCCCCGACAGGCCAAGCCAUGGUGGAGAGGGCCCACCAGAGCCUUAAGAAGACCCUGUCCCGCCAACAACCGGCGAUGAAGGUGGAGACCCCCCACGUCCGGCUGUCGAGAGCUUUGUAUACCCUCAACUUCCUUAAUUGCUCUUUCGACAGCCAAAAUCCUCCAGUGGUCCGGCACUUCGGCAGCCACCAGCAGCUGCAGCCUAAAGUCAGGCCUCCGGUUCUGGUUAAGGAUCCGGAGACCUGGCGGACGGAGGGCCCCUUCGACUUGGUGACCUGGGGGAGGGGUUACGCUUGCGUGUCUACCCCCUCAGGUCCCAAGUGGGUUCCAUCUAAAUGGGUAAGACCCUUCGUCCCGAAGCAGGGGACAAAAGCAGGGACUGUGCCACAAGUCCGGCAGGCGUGUUGGCGGCGGCGGAGGAGGCAAGACCAUCCACUACCAUCUGCUCCUCCAGACCUUCCCUCCGUGGAGGAAGAGCCUUCCCCUCCAGCCUCUCCUCCACCAAUGGACCUCCUCCUUCAUGUUUCCUCCUGUUCUCCCCCACUCCCGGAUAUGUCACCCCGCAUGUUUUAUUUAAGUUGGCUUUUCAGGGAGGAACCAUUCUUAUGAGUUCGAUGUACUUUUACUGUUUUGUAUCAUUUCAGUUACAUCUCCCCAAUGGCCCCCGCUGCAACACCGCUGGCCCCAAACCCCGGAGCGCUGACCAUCUUUGUGACCACCUUCUGGCUCCUGAUGUCACCUGCGGAGCCGUGGGUUGUCCCCCAGCCCAAGGUCAACGUCUGGCGUGCCUUGGCUCAAUCCCUCGGACAGGACAGUAUUUGCCUAGACACCGGCGCAGCAGAGGACCCGAUGUCGUCUUGCCUUGUGGGGAUCCCAUUCUCUCCAGGCGAGUUCCCUCCCACCUUCCAACGUUCCUUCUACCCUGUUCUGGCCCGGAGCCUUACUAUCCUCCCCAGUUUUGACUCCUCAAAUGCCUGGAGAGACGGAGUGUUCAGGCUGGCUCCUGCAACCUCCGAGCCCACAGAAUUACAUCUACUCGGCUCCGCCAAUGCCUCUAUCUGUUUUCAGUUCGACUAUACUAUCACCCCCGUAGAGAGGGGUAGUGAGGUGGUCCUCCAGACCAAAAAAGAAUAUCAGGCCAGACAGUGGUGUCAGGCUGUCCUGAAGAUCCUCGGCCCCACCACUACUGGCCGGACCCCUUACUCCCUUCCUCGGGGUGUGUUUUUAAUUUGCGGAGACCGAGCGUGGGCAGGCAUCCCCUCUGGCCUGGUGGGAGGGCCGUGCACUUUUGGCCGGCUGACGCUGUUCACACCCAACAUGUCCCAAAUUAUUGAUUGGAAAAGAUCCAACAUCACAUCCGAAUUGGGCAGGUCUAAAAGAGAUCUUAAGGAUCUCACCGAGGAUUGUGAUGCCGAAAUUACUCAUUGGUCACACUCAAAGUCCGUCGCCUUUACCAUUUUGUUGCCGUGGGUAUCGGUGGCGAAGGCUCUAGGAGAAUUGGGCCGCCUAGAGUGUUGGGUGGCGAAGCAAGCCAACUUUACAUCAGCCGCGCUAUACGACCUCCUGUCAGACGAGGAGAUUACAAGGAAGGCGACACUCCAAAACAGGGCAGCAAUAGAUUUUCUAUUGCUGCUCCACCACCACCACUGUGAGGAGUUUGAGGGCCUCUGCUGCUUGAACCUGUCCACCCGAGCCGAGGACGCCAGACAAUCCAUACGCAAGUUACAAGACCUCGUCCAUAAAGUCCAACAAGAGACUUCGGACUGGCUGGGGGACCUCUUCAAGGGUUGGGGCCUGAGCGGGUGGGCCACUUCCAUUAUUGAAAGUGUUAUUAAAAUCGUUUUGAGUUUGAUUGUCCUUUCAGUUUUCGUUAUGGUGAUCCGCAGUCUGGUCCAGAGACUGAUAUCCAGGGCCACUUCUCCCAGCGUUAAUCAUGCGACAGUGCCCAAAGAAGAGCACAUCGAGCUGGGGGACCUCUCCUCGGAGGCCGAAGAAGCUGCAGAUGAGGAGGGGUCGACCGCGCCGCCCGUCGAACAUCUAUGGGCGGACGAGCCCCAGCUCGAAGAAGACGAAGAUUGGCCGGACCAGCCGCGGGUCCCUGAAGUUUAAGUUUAUAUGGACUUUUGCGUUCUUUCAUUUUAUUUGUUAAGAAACGGGGAGAUGUUGUGGUGUGUUGUUCAGUUUCCCCAGUUAUUCCCCUAUUCUAUGUAUUCUCCCCCUAGUUUCUGCAAAAUGGUUCCUCCCUCCCCUGAUUUUCCCGCCACUGCCUACCUACAGUUGAUCUCCAUGGUAACCCCCUUCCCCCUCAACUGCCAAUCUCCCUUUGUUAUAUAAUUUCCCCUCCCCUGUAUACCUUAUAUGUAAGUUUUUCCUCCUCCCUGGGCCCAGUCAAUCACCCCCCACUCCUCCCAGAUUUCCAGAAUCUUCUCCUCUCUGGGGGUUGUGGUUGGCUGCGGUCCCGGGGCUCCUCCUUUAUGUUGUAUUGAUUGGUUGGUUACCUAUGUCAGUUGUGUUUGUAUCUUUCCCUGAUUGGCUAGUUGGGCUCCCCUCCUCUCUCCACCCCUUCGUUUUAAAACUGCACCUCUCCCUCCACUCCCUGCCACACGCUGGUUGGCGUCCUCCCUUCCUGCCCCUGCCAUCGGACGAUCAAUAAACCGGAGUUAGCCCCCA